CCUUCGUCCGACCCACCGCCGACCGGACGAACCCUUUCCUCGACGCCGCCCUAGGAAUAAUCUGCACCGCCGUCGCCUAGACCCUCCCCAACGAGCCGCCCAGUCGCCCGCUCGCCAUCUGGACGCCGACCCGUCGUCGAGUCCUCCUCGACGCUGGUCUAGGAUCCGCUCCACCCGAAGCUGCACAAGGACGCACCCCUCGCCCCCAGACAUAGGUAGGCUUCUCUCGCCUCUUGUGUUGGGCAAUCAACGAAGCAGCAGGCGGAGGGCUCUCCCCCAAUUUUCUUUGGUCUAUGAGACUUCCAUCUCGUAUUGCUUGAAGUUUUAUGGUGGUCUUUGCGAGAGAAGUGUAAACUGUGCGCCAAUUGUUUACACAUGUCCAUCUUUCGCUUCAUUCUCCCAAGAAUAGAAAGAAGUAGAGGCUGGAGAUGCUUUGCUACUGGAAUCCCUUCUGAUUCUAUAGCGGAGCUCAAUAAGGAAAUGGAAUCGAUAUUUGGCGAAUCUCCUUCAGCCAGCCCUUUGGGCUCAAAUCCUCCUCAGCAAGCAGUCCAUCCCACUCCUGCAGCCCGGGAGACACAACCGGGUCUUACCCAUGUUGAUUGCAGUGGCCAGGCAAAGAUGGUUGAUGUCUCACCCAAACAUGACAGUCAGAGAGUAGCUAUAGCCAGCUGCAGGGUCUUGCUAGGCCAGAAGGCAUUUAACUUGGUGGCGUCAAACCAGAUUGCCAAAGGCGAUGUACUUACUGUUGCAAAGAUAGCUGGAAUAACUGGUGCGAAGCAAACUAGUAACCUCAUACCCCUGUGCCACAACAUUAAUCUCUCCCAUGUUCGUGUUGAUCUCACUCUCAAUGAAGAGGACUCUAGUGUUGUCAUAGAAGGGGAAGCCACCACUUGCGGGAAGACAGGGGUUGAAAUGGAAGCAAUGGCUGCAGUGACCAUUGCCGGACUGACGGUUUAUGACAUGUGCAAAGCAGCUUCAAAGGACAUAUGUAUAACAGAUAUCUGUCUCCAGCACAAAUCGGGGGGAAAGAGUGGAAACUGGUCCAGGAAUUAGAAGCUUCAGUUGCUUUUCUGAGGAUAUGAAUGCAGGCCUGAAUUCUUACACCAGAAGGUUUUGAUUUGCUUUAAAUUUGUGCACACUAGAUGUUAAAUCUUUGAGCCAUCAGAGAAGGUUAUUUUGAAUUCCCUGCCUGUUAAUGCACUGUCCAACUGGUUAUAUUACCCAUGGUUUAUUGUGCAUUCUCCAUUGCUGCUCAUUGCGCACAGACUGGUAUGCACAUGUCAACAUAAGGUGGAGUAAAUGAAAGUUGAGUAUAAAUAUGUUGAUA